AUGUGGUCGACCUUCCUGGUGACGGACGAGGAGGGCCGCGGCGUGGGCCCGGCCGCCGCGGGCACGGUGGGAGGGGCUGCUCAGGGAGGCGGGGCCCAGGGCAUGGGGGGCCUGGCCGGCCUCAUGAGCGGACGCAGCACGUUCGGAGGCAACAAGCGACGCAGGCCGGGACACACCAUGACGGAGUCCCAGGAAGGAAAGAUCAAGCUGGCAUUCUUUGUGGCCAUCGUGGGCGUGGUCCUGACGGUCCUGGGGGUGGGCACAGAGUUCUGGGUAGAGCUGGCACCUCCAAAGAGUUUCUACGACAACCAGACAUGUCCGGCGGUCCACUUGGGCCUGUGGAAGCGAUGCACCAAGACGCUGUGGGUGGCCGACAUCGACCCGGACAGAGAGAGCUGCGGACCCGCUGAGCUGCCUGGAGAAUCCAACUGCACCUACUUCAAGUUCUUCACCACGGGGGAGAACGCCGUCAUGUUCCACAAGACGACGCACAAGCACCUGAAUGUGGCGGCGGCUAUGCUGUCCCUCUUCAGCUUGGUGCUGAUGGUGAUGGGCGCCAUCUGCAUCAGCAUGGCACUCAGCAAGGAGAUCGUCUUCUUCCUCAAGCCGGCGUCCGUCUGCUUCAUCCUGUCAGGUGUCCUGGUCCUCUUGGCCCUGCUGGUCUUCCAGCAGGCGGUCUGGGCCCUCCUGGCUAGCGACCACUCUGUCCCCGUCCAUCACGAGUUCUCAUGGUCCAUGUCCUGCCUGGGCUGCGCGGGGGCCAUCCUCAUUGUGGGCGGGUUGCUCUUCCUGCUCCUGGCGCUGCCUUGCAGCCCCUGGCAGAGGUGCCUGCCUCACAGGGACAGCAGCAGCUAGUGGCCUGCAGCCACUUUGUGCCAGCGCUAAAGAUGUUUUGCUAAAGGUGUUGCGUUUACUUUCCUUCAAUACCAAGUCUUAAAGCUCAGAUGGGAUCCACAGACAAUCCUGCCUCAUUCAAGCGACUCAUUCAUCUCAGUGGACUUGUCUUUGGCGCAUAGCUGCAAGCUAACUUUCUUUCACUUGCUAGCACAGGGGUGUCUGAAGGGUGGGCUUACUGAAAAACCAAACGAUGCGGGGGCCACUUUGAUAUUUUACAUUUUGGAAAUUA